AUGGGUGGAGGCGGCAAGAUCCCGUAUCCUAAGGAAGUCUGGUCUCCUGCGGGUGGCUGGUACGCCCAGCCCGCGAACUGGAGGGUCAACACUGCCAUCAUGGGUGCUGCAGUCCUUGGAAUCGUCGCCGUGACCUGGAGCAUAAGUGCCGACCGUGAGCACCGUGACAAGAUGCCCGAGCCGGGCAGAUUCUUCCCCAGUCGCAACUGGAGCCGGCAGAUUAUUGAACACGAGAGGCAGCAGGCCGCCAAGAACGAGUCAUAG